CAGCUAGCGCUAACCAAUAAGAUUGUCUUCAGUAAAGCAGCUGUGACUACCCCGCGUCAAAACACCCAUAUCGUAGCGCUGACGGUACGGUACAAUCAUCCGUUGUUCCAGUUGGACGCACGUAGGCGCUACUCUGCCUUCAUUGCACCACGAGAAAACAAUUAAAAUGGGAAUUAUGAAGACAUAUGUGCUUUGGCUUACUCUUUGCUUGUCGCUGGUAAUAUCUACACUGGGAAACCCAGCUAUAGCACCACCGGCCCAACCUUGCCUUGCUCCGGUACAAUGGGAGGGAAGGACUGUGGUGUAUGAUCACAGCACAGGGCGCAACACACGGGCUUCAAUGUCGUACGAUGGACAAAAUCAGCAAAUUCGUGUACUCGAACAGAAGAGAGGCCAUGUACCGUGUAAAAAGUACUUUGAGUACAUCUACUUGUUCCAGAGUGGGGUAAUGUUCCAGAUUGAGCAAGUCACUAAACAGUGCUCAAAGUUGGCUCUGACACAGGCGUGGGACCCCUUUGACAUCCCCUCGAACUCCACCUUUGAAGACCAGAACUUCAUUGGAGGCCCAGGAGACAUGAUUGAAGUGCAAGAGUGGUCUGACAGAAAGCCAGCUCGCCAAAAUGAAGCCUGGCUGGGCGUGUACACGGUGAAAGACUGCUACCCUGUACAGGAGACGUACACAAGGAACAGCAGUGUGACCACCUCCACACGAUUCUUUGAUCUGGAACUGGGCAUCGGCGACCCCAGCGUGUUUAUUCCCCCACCCACCUGUCAAUCCGCCCAUCCAGAGAGGAUGACAUCAGACUGCUGAGUCCAUUCCUCCAUUCUGGUUCUCUUACACUAUGGUGACGAUAGUCUGUAGAUGAUACUAGUACACUGGAAAGCUAAUGUUUGUAUGAAACAUGAAGUGCUGAACAACCUCCAUUAGCUUUGGAUUAGAAUUUUGCUCAAAUCAGUAAUUAACCUAAAUGGCAUACAUUGUGUGCUUGUUGAUGUGGUCACAGUUGCAGGAAUCUAAAGGAUGUGCAAAGCAUUUAUUUUGAUAUGCACUUUUUCUGUUUUUCACUUACUGUUAUUUAAAUCUGUUGUAAGGUAUGUUAGUAGAUGUUGCGAACUUCCAUCGGUCCAGCAAUUGUAGGAUCACAUCCUCCCAUCAACGGUGCUGUUUACACACAAAAUAAAUCUGUUGGAAAUGUUA